AAGGCACGGGCCAGUUGGGUGGGGCUGGGGCCCCAUGAGUGGAGUUGUGGAGCUGGGGAGGACUACACCCUGCUGCCCGGGCCCAGAUGCCGGAAGCCUGACACCCCACACUCGAAGAACUUGCUCAGGAACUGGUGGCUGUGCCACUGUGUACAGAGCCUAGGAGAUCCGGAGGCCUAGAGCGUGAGGUCCGCCUCAACUGGGCCGCAUGUCCGGCUGGCUGGUGUUCGUGCUUAGAGGAAUGUGGUGGACACCUGCUUGGGCUAAGAGCCUGUCUUCAGUGAAAGGCCCAUCUCUGUUUCCCAUAUGAUGUGACUUUGGUCGUAGCCUUGUAUGAAAAAGAGAAGCCACUGAGAAAGUUGCCAGCACCAUUUCUGGUGGCUCUGGAUCCUCUCUUAUGAAGAUCUUGAAGAAGAAGCAUCACCUGAUUGAAACGAUAAAUUAUAAAGGGACAGUGUCCCUGUGAGGUAACAUGGCCCCAAGUCAGCUGUUAAGGAGUUAGAGGUAUCAUUCAGAUCUGUGGCCACUGAACUCAAGGAAGAACAAAGAUCAAUAUAAUCAAGACCUGGAAUGAGGAUAUAUCUGAAAACUUCUGCCAUAUCAUUUCUAAAUAUCAAGUCACCAAAUUGAAUGUGAAGCCAAUGCUAUGGGAACACAUAAAAAACAGCAGAGAAUGAUGGGAUUUGGAUUGAGUGUGAUGUAUUCAAGGAGAAGAUCAUGAUAACAGGUUGUUUGGAGGAGGUGAAAAGAAUUCACAACAAUUAAAGACAUCAGCCAUUAACACUGAGAAGGAAAAAACAAAAUUUGACAGGGAAUGUGGCUGGUUCUUUUUCUGGUUUUCAUAUCAGUGCUUUGAAAGAAUCUGUACCAAAGGAAUUCUUGGGGUGGGAGUUCAUUAAUCUUGCUUGCACCAAACAUACCAGAGUCCAUGCAGGAGAAUACAAAGAAUAAAAUUCCUGAGCGAGCGAAAUGGACUGCUCAAGAAGUGCAUUCCCAGUUCUUCUGGGGUUUUCUGUUUUUUAUAGAAAGUAGAGUGUGGAAAAUUCUCUAACAUUGUUUUGUUUUAAGCAAAGAAAAUUCAUAACCUUUUUGAGUUAGAUCAGGCAUGAAAAGUACAUUUCAUUUCAUGGGUUACUUAGCACUGAGAGACAGUUGUUGCCUGGGGCUCUGUGUUGACUAAGACUCUGAAACUAUCUGGAUGAUUGAAAAAGAGUGUUGAUACCAAUUAACAUCUGUCACACGUGUGGAUGAUGAGGUAUAGGGGGAUAGGGAGGUGAUGUGCACCAUGUUUUUACCAUAGUCAAAAGACCAAGUCAGCGGGAAAAACUGUCUUCCAGACGGAAAUGUGAUAGCCUCGGCCCAAACCACAGAAGGUCUAAACCUCGUAUUAAUGGCUGGAAAUGUUACUAAUUUCCAGGCCCAUGUGAUUGUCAACACUGUUUCCCAGACACUUCAACUUGGAAAUGGACCACUAUCCCGGGCUAUUUUGCAGAAAGCUGGUCCAAAGCUCCAGCAAGAGUUGUAUGCUGUCAAGCAGGGAGCAGUGGAGAAAAUAGGUAGCAUAUUCAUAACAAGUGGCUGUAAUCUGAACUGCCAAGCUGUCUUCCAUGUCGUGGCACCAACUUGGGAUAAUGCAGCAGGGCACUCUCAGCAGAUCAUGGCAAAUAUAAUCAAGAAAUGUUUGGCAACUGUAGAAGAGUUAUCUUUUUCAUCCAUCGUAUUUCCCAUGAUUGGAACAGGAAAUUUGAGAUUUCCCAAAGCUAUUUUUGCUAACCUAAUUCUUUCGGAAUUGUUCGAAUUUAGUAGCAGAAGCUGGCGGAAAGCCUUACAAAAAGUUUACUUGCUGGUACAUCUAGGUGAUGAUGAAAUCCAACAGGCAUUUUUAGAUGAAUUCACUAAAGGGUCAUAUGGAAAUCCCAACAAGGACAGGAUUCUCACAACUGAAGGUAACCAAGGGGCCUUCAGCCCUAUCUCCAGCCCUGGAAUCAUUUCAUAUGGAAUGAAAACCGGUGCAAUUACUUUCCAGAUUGCUACUGGAGAUAUUAGCAAAGAAAAGGCAGAUGUGAUUGUAAACUCAACGACAAGAACAUUUAAUCUGAAAUCAGGGGUGUCAAAAGCAAUUUUAGAAGGUGCCGGACCAGCUGUGGAAAAUGAAUGUGUUGUACUAGCUGCACAGCCUCACAGAGAUUUUAUAGUUACACAAGGUGGAAACUUGAUGUGCAAGAUAAUAAUCCAUGUUCUUGGGGAAAAUGAUGUCAGGGAAACGGUCUCCACUGUUCUAGAAGAGUGUGAGCAGAGGAAGUACACUUCUGUUUCCCUUCCGGCCAUCGGAACAGGAAAUGCUGGAAAAAACCCAGCCACAGUUGCUGAUGAUAUGAUCAGUGCUGUUAUAGACUUCGCAAGGAAACAUCCCAUCCCAUCAUUACGGAGAGUUAAAGUUGUCAUCUUUCUAUUGGAAUUGCUACAUGUAUUCUAUGACAACAUGAAAAAGAGAAAGAAGUCCACGUCACCUGUCCAUCAGCCCACACGCUUCGAGACUGCAUGUAAUCUUCCUGAACACUGGGCUGACAUGAAUCAGCAGCUAUCCUGUGUGAUUGAGCUACUCCCCGGACAGCCAGAAUAUGACACCGUAAAGGACAAGUUCUCUGAGACUUGUCCUUCCUACAAAAUAGAGAAGAUUGAAAGGAUACAGAAUGUAUGCAUCUGGCAGAGCUACCAGAUAAAGAAAAACCACAUGGACAUGAAGAAUGGCCAUACAGAUAAUGAGAGAAUCCUGUUCCAUGGGACAGAUGCAGACUCAGUGCCAUAUGUCAAUGAGCAUGGCUUUAAUCGCAGUUAUGCUGGGAAAAAUGGAGCAGCUUAUGGACAAGGAACCUAUUUUGCUGUUAAUGCCAAAUAUUCUGCUAAAGAUAAAUACUCCACACCAGACAGCAAUGGGAGAAAGCAUGUUUAUGUUGUACGAGUGCUUACAGGAGUCUACACAUGCGGACAUGCAAGAUUAGUUACCCCUCCGUCAAAGAAUCCUCACAAUCCCACAGAUCUCUUUGACUCUGUCACAGAUGAUACACAACAUCCAAGUCUAUUUGUGGUAUUCUCUGAUAAUCAAGCUUACCCAGAAUAUCUCAUAACUUUUAGGUGUUAAAAAAUGGUUUUUUUUUAACCUCUAAGAGAUUGUUUAGUUGUCUAUUUAUAAGAACAAAUUUAUAGAAUUUUUGUCUUUGCCUUUGGCUUGUUUAUGUAGAUAAAAAUGUCUCUGUUAGGUGCUAAAAUGCUGAAAACAGCCUUUCAAGAAUGCUCUAUUGCAAUUUGUAGCAUACCUCUUUUCUGAGCAUACUGAUGGGUGGAAGCUAAGAAAUGUGGGUGACAUAAUUAUAGCUACAACUAUUUACAGACACCAAAUGUGUCAAAGAACAAAGAGCACAUUACUUUUAUCUAGUAGAGAAGAAAUAAGACGAAUCUCUUUAAAGCCAAGAUGUCAUUGCUCUAAUAGAGCAUGUUAAGACAUUAAACUGUGCUGGGCUCAACUGUACUGUUAAAUGAAUAGGCUGCUAAUGUGUAUCUGUAAGCGCUAAGAAUUUUGCCCCCCUGAAGAAGUACUUAGUAGCUAUAGUUCAGCUAGAAUGACUGAAUCAAAUCUGUUAUGGAGUAAAUCAGGUAAAAAUGUGUUGUAUCACUAUCUGAUGCUACAUGACAACUUACUACAAAAUUUAAGGGCUUAGUGAAUAAGAAAUUCAGGUGUGGCUUAGCUGGGUCAUUCUGACUUAGGGUUUCUCCUAAAGAUGAAUAAAGAUGUCAGCAGGGGAUGCAGUGUUCUGCAGUGGCUUGAUUAGAGCUGGAAGAUCUGCUUCCAAGAUAAAUCACUCAGAUAGCUACAGAGUUUUUGCUGGUUGACAGAAGUCCUCAGUUUUUCUCCCCAUAGUCGUCUCCAGGCUGCUUACAUUGCUCAUGAUGUGGUAUUCCACAGCCAGUAAUUCAGGAGAGAGACAGGCUGAAGCCAUGAUGUCUUUUGUGACCUAGCUUCUGAGUCAUACUCCACCUUUUCCACAGCAUCCUGUUGGUUCCACAGAUCAGCUCUUUCAGUGUAAACAGGAAUUACACAGGACCUGGACACCAGUGGACAGAGAUUGUCGGGGACCAUCUUAGAAGCCGUAUAGAUGAGUGAAGGACUGAUACAUUGAUGAAAUGUUAGCAGUGAAAAGGACUCUAGAGGUCAUCUAAGCUCACUGUCCUCUCCUCUUUCUCCUCACCCAUCCGUACUCCCAGGGCAAAAAGCCCUCGAGUCUCUGCUUGACCACUUCUUCAUCUUAAGGAUAACUUGUUCCAUCCCAAGACAUCUGUAACUAUGGGAAAACUCUUGUUUACACAUGAGUUGAAAUCUCUUCUUCUGUGUCUAUUGCCUGCUGGUCACUGUCUCACCUUCUGGAGGGCACUGAGCAUUUAUCAUUCUUUUUACAGAUGGUGGCCCUUCAGAUUCAUCUCUUCCCUCUAUUAUACUAGAGUUAGGUAAAUUCUUGAAAUACUUAGCAGCUUAUCCUGAAGCGUUACUUAUCAGGAGUUGAAGACAUUUAAGAAGUGUUUACAUAAUCAUAAAUAAGCAGAUGUACAUUAAAAGGAGUACAGGGAAGUUUAAAGAAAAUAACUCCCUUCUCCAUACUGUAUCACUCAUAAUUGCAACAUUCAGAGGAACAUUUCAGAGGAAACCACUGCCAACAUUCCUUUUUUUUUUUUAAUAUUUUAUUUAUUUGUUUGACAGACAGAUCACAAGUAGGCAGAGA